AUGUCUGGCUAUCGACCAGGCCACGAACAAGGCCACGAUUCUUAUAUCGAGUAUGCUGCCCAUCCCGAACCUCAUCCCGAAGAGCGCGUAUAUGUUCCCCAUGUCCCAGAUAUCCAGCAGCACGGUGGCGCUCAAGGCCUCAGUUCCCUACACGAGCAACACCUGGCGGCGCAACAGCAUCAUCACCAACAGCAGCAUCAACAACAGCAGCAUCAGCAACAGCAACAACAUCACCAUCAACAGCAUCAAGUAUACGCCGAACACCCCAUGGCCCACCACCAGUCCCCUCAGUUUGGUGGUGGGCAGGGGCUGAUGUACGGUCCUCCUCGACUACAACAACCGACUGGCACCAAAAGGUCGAGACCCGAUGACUUGGAAUCCGAGAUGGACGGCCUUCCCGGGCAGCAAAUGCAUAUGGGAGAAAUGGGAGGUAUGUCUUCACAAAUGCCGCCGCAGUCCAUGGUAGGAGUGGGGGGUUACAGUGCACAACAACCAAUACAAUAUCACACUCAUCCUCUUCCCAAUCAAGGCCACCGAUCGAAGAUGCCACGAAUGAGCGAGGGAGAUUCAAUGGUUGGCACGAGUGGAGGUGCACCGAGUGUAGUUGGGUUGGAGGGCAUGCCACAACCAGCUCCGCGACCCCGCGGACCCAAGUUAAAGUUCACUCCCGAAGACGAUGGGCUGUUGGUGGAUCUCAAGGAGAACAAGUCGUUGACCUGGAAACAAAUCGCGGAGUUUUUCCCGGGCCGGUCCUCAGGCACAUUGCAGGUUCGAUACUGUACAAAGUUGAAGGCCAAAACGACGCAAUGGACAGAUGAGACAAUCCAAAAGCUUCGGACGGCCCUCCACGACUACGAACAGGAAAAGUGGCGCAUUGUGGCACAAAAGGUCGGCACGGGCUUCACAUCGGCUGCUUGCAAGGAAAAAGCCAGAGAGUUAUAG